ACAGUUCCACGCUGGAGAAGAGUCGGCAGCCUUGUGUAUGAAUGGCAGGGAGGACUUGCAGGGACUGGCUUGCGCCUCCGGCUGCUAUCGCGCGUGGCCUGUGGACCCUGCAGCGCCGAUAUCAGAGGAGGCGCAGCGCCGCCACGGCGUAGUUCUCUGUGCGCCUCUCGAGCAGACACAAGACAUGCUCGGAAUCGCCGUGGCCCUCUGGGCGGCGGUGGCGCUGCUGGUGACCCCUGGUGACUGCUCGUGGUACUACCGCGACUGCCCAUGUAGCCGCGGGCUGUUGACAGCCAACUGCUCAGGCCGCGGACUUUUCAGAAUCCCUGACUGCGUAAGUCAGCACAUCACGGAGCUGGACUUUAGUGGAAACAAGCUCAAGUCUGUCGGCCCCAACACCUUCAGUCAGAUGAAUGAACUGGAGACCCUGCUGCUGAAGAACAACGAGAUCUCGAUUGUGGAGGCCCACGCCUUCCACCGGCUACCCAAGCUGGAGAGACUGUACCUCACGGCCAACCGGCUGACGCAAGCGUCCGACCUCAUGCUGAGCGACGUGCCCGAGCUGCGGGUGCUGUGCAUCGCCAACAACUCCCUGCAGUCGCUGCCGACGGACCUGUUGAAACAUUGCAGCCAUCUGAACGCGCUCAGCAUCGGCUUCAACCCGCUCAAGUGGCUUGACCCGCAGAUAUUCCUGUUCACUCCCCAGCUGCGCUCACUCUUCCUGCCCGGUCUCAGACUGGGCAAGCUGCGCUCUGAUCUCUUCCAACACCUCCAGAAUCUCGAGACGCUCAACAUGCCCCACAAUGACAUCCCGUUUCUGGACGGAACCAUGUUUACCAGCACACCCAACCUCAAAGUGCUCUACAUCGACAACAAUAUCAUAGAAACAGUGGCAGUAGAUACUUUCCAGCCGCUAGUGCAACUGAAUUUUCUCGACCUGGGGCGCAACAAGCUGGCUACUCUGAGCGAGCGCCUCCUCGAGGCUAACAAGAACCUGCUGAAGGUCAACUUCAGCCACAACCCUCUGCGCCAGCUCCCGUCGGAACUGUUUGCCAACAAUUCGCUCCUCGAGGAAGUCUACCUGACCAACUGUUCACUGAAGAGCGUACACCACUACACUUUCCGCUACAACCAUCAUCUUAAAGUCAUCACACUCAGCGACAAUUCUCUCACGUACCUGCACGAGGAGACCUUCCGAUUCAACCCCUACCUAGAGAGUGUGUAUCUGUACAACAACCAGCUGACAUAUUUGGACGAGAGACUUUUCCUGCACAAGGACAAGUUGGCCAUCGUGGCACUGUUCAACAACCGCCUUGAGUUCAUCCCACAGAACACAUUCUCCGACGUGCCCAACCUGCACUACUUGUUCCUCGCCAACAACAAGCUGCAGACACUGGAACUGCCAACGGAAAUUUCGGAUCUUAUCACAGUGGAGUUGUACGGGAAUCCGUGGACGUGUGACUGCCGUCUCUUAUCACUCUCGAAGUUACUGUCCAUGGGUGUUGUCACUCUAGGAAGCGAGCGGCCACGCUGCCACGAACCGGCUCGCUAUUCGGGGAUCGACCUCUAUGCUGUCACCAGAAGCCUCCACUGUUCAGCAGACGGAACCGAGGUCGACCCUUAUGGUUCUGCACAGAAGACGGCGGCGGCGUUGCUGGAGGCGCGCGUGGCGGAGCAGUGCCACGGCUACUACGCGUGGGCGGUGGCGCUGGCGGUGCUGCUGUCUGUGUCCGUGGCGGCGCUCGCCGCCCUAGUCUGGCUGCAGAGGGCGCCGCGGCGCUGCUGGCCUGGGGGCGGUGCCGUCGCCGGCGACGCGUCCAUCGUGCGCAUCAGCAACGGGCCGCGCCGGACCGCCGGCGGCGGCAGCGAUGGGGACCACAUCGCCAUUCUCAAUGAGGAGUAACGGGCGCCUUGCUGGCUCACCUCUGUUCAGUCUCCUGCCGUCCAGAUGGCAGCACAAGCGCGGCGCUCUGCACUCAGACACCAAAGACAGUCUGUUCAGUAGCUCCUAGUGAAAAUGUGGGGACGUGAGUAAUCUGCUACGUGCAGCUGAACAUUAUUGCGAAAUGCGCACUGGACGUCAAACCCACUCUGGUGGAGUAUAUACCAAUUAUCUGACAAUUUCAAAACAAACGCACGAGUGAACAGCUUAGCCAAGCAAAGUGUGUAUGUGGUCAAGAUUUGCAACACUACACUGUACUGUGCUGCUGUGAGUGGGAGAGGAGCUGAUGAUACAUUCAGCACAAACAGAAACUGAUAAUAGAACAGUCACCAUUACUAUUCUCCACAAAGAAAGAAUUCAUGUGCAUGCUGAAUAAAGUUGUCCCAGGAAUAAUGAAAAUAAUUUAUUGAUGAAAGUGGCAAAAAAUAAAUAUUUUAUAAUACAAA